AUGUUUCAGGUUACGCGCAGGUCUUUAAGUCUCAGUCGCGAGUUAACCUUGUGGAAUGCAUUUCGACAAUUUUCGUCCACACCUGUUGCUUCUGCUAGUUUGAAAGAUAUAAUGGCUGACCUAGUACCUAAAGAACAAGCAAAAGUAGCAUCUUUUAGAAAGGAAUACGGUUCCACAAAAGUCGGUGACGUUACUGUCGAUAUGAUGUAUGGUGGUAUGCGGGGUAUCAAAGGUUUAGUCACCGAAACAUCUGUACUGGAUGUUAAUGAAGGGAUUCGAUUUCGUGGUCUUUCAAUUCCAGACUGUCAGAAACAGCUUCCAAAAGCUCCUGGUGGACAUGAGCCACUUCCAGAAGGCAUCUUCUUUCUCCUACUGACAGGAAAAGUUCCAACCAAAGCACAAGUGGAUGAUAUUUCAAAAGAAUUCGCAAACCGAGCUGACCUCCCAUCUCAUGUUCUAAACAUGCUAGAUAAUUUUCCAUCAUCUCUUCAUCCUAUGAGUCAACUGGUAGCAGCUUGUGCCGCUCUAAAUUCAGAAUCAAAGUUUGCACGAGCCUAUUCACAAGGUAUCAAGAAAAGUUUGUAUUGGGAGUACGUUUACGAAGAUUCUAUGGAUUUGAUUGCCAAGCUUCCAACUGUGGCUUCUAUAAUUUACCGUAAUUUGUACCGGGAUGGUACUUCUGUAACUGCUAUCGACCCUAAUACGGACUGGUCCCAUAACUUUUGUCGUAUGCUUGGUUAUGAGGAUCCUGGAUUUACCGAAAUGAUGCGUCUUUACCUAACCUUCCACUGUGAUCAUGAGGGCGGUAAUGUUAGCGCACAUUCCUGUCACUUGGUGGGUAGUGCACUUUCCGAUCCAUACCUUAGUUUUGCCGCAUCUAUGUGUGGCUUGGCUGGACCUUUGCAUGGAUUGGCCAACCAAGAAGUAUUAGUCUUCCUGAAUAAAAUGCAAGAAAAAGUCGGCAAAAAUCCAACAGACGAACAAGUUAAACAGUAUGUAAUGGAUACACUUAAUGCCGGACAGGUCAUUCCCGGCUAUGGUCAUGCUGUUCUUAGAAGAACGGACCCCAGAUUUACUUGUGCACAAGAAUUUUGUGAAAGGCAUUUUCCAAAUGAUCCUCUGUACAAACUAGUUGCUCAAUUGUAUAAAGUUGUUCCUCCAGUCUUGACAAGUCUUGGCAAAGUUCAAAAUCCAUGGCCUAACGUGGAUGCACAUAGUGGUGUAUUGCUUCAGCAUUAUGGUCUUACUGAAAUGCAGUAUUAUACAGUUCUAUUUGGAGUUUCUCGAGCAUUAGGUGUUUUAGCCUCGUUAAUUUGGGAUAGAGCAUUAGGCUUGCCAAUUGAACGACCCAAAUCUUUAUCUACUGAAGCAUUAAUGAAACUGGUGAAUGAUAUUGGACGUAAACAAGGUUAAAUAUGGUUUAUUCAAUUCGGAUCCAUAUAUGUUUUUAUUGGACAUAUUCAGUAAGGUUAUUUCUCCACUUUCUAAUAUUUUCCACUUCAAACUUAAGAACAAAUCAUCUUAAUAGUUAGUCAAGACUACUUUUUUUGUUUUAUUCUCCAUCGAUAUCUUACUGCAUAACAAUACAUAUAGUUAUUCUUUUAAGUAGAAAAGAACAUUCU